AUGUCCGCCAAUCUGGGACGUCGGCUAUAUGCCCAUUUCUGGGAAACUGCAAAUCCAUUCUUUGGCCGCAUACGAACAAAUCGUAUCUCUUCUACCCCCGGUACUUCGAGUCCAAGGACAUUCUUCAACUCGUUCUUUGUCAAUCACCCCAAGCGGCUUUCGACUUCCACCGGGAAACCCACUCACCUUACCAGAAGAUUCGCCUCUGGAGGAUUCCUCGUCCUCGUGUCUCCCAGUUCAGCUGCGGUAGAGACCAGUGCAGCAUGCAUCAUUCCCCCGGGAGCGAUUGCAUCCCAGCAUGUCUGGAAACGAGCUUUGCAUACAUCACACGAUGACAAAAAAGGCGCCAACCCUGCUCGAGACCCUCAAGUACACAAUGAUGACGACCCUUCCUCCCAAACCGUCGAGCAGCCCAACAAACACGCCACCACCCAGGCAUCAUCUACAACGAAACCACCCCAGGAAACUUAUUACCGCGCGCCCAGUAAUCGCCACUUGAUGGAUCGCUUGCCGCAUAUGCCUCAUUUACAUCGACCGACCAAGGAAGAACUUUUGGCUGCCGCGAAUGGGUUUUGGUCGCGCCUCAAGGUGCGAUUUAAGUGGUUUUCUAUACGAAGCGUGCGGCCAUUCAAUUUAGACGAGAUCACUGCGUUAUUCUCAUGGGUUCUGCUGGGCCAUGUGGUUUGGGUAGUGCUGGGAACUACGACCUUCUUCUCGCUACUGAUUCUUGCAAUCAACACAGUCUUUGCUCAGGAAACACUAGCAGGAUGGGUGGGCAACUAUCUCACCAAGUCGUCCGGAGUGAAGGUCGUCUUCGAAUCCGCAAUCGUGCCCAAAUGGAAAAAUGGCGUCAUCACGUUCAAAAAUGUAUUUGUGUCGAAACGACCAGGCCAAGGUACUGGUAACGUCAGCAAAGGCUCGCCCAAGACUGCCGCCGCCGCCGCCGCCGCUCGUGGGGACUCGGGGUCAGAAGAUCCUCAGCUCGUGCCCGAAGAGGAAGAUACCAACUACACACAGUUUGACCUAUCGAUUGAGACAGUGAACGUCACCCUGUCGUUUGCAAAGUGGCUCAAUGGCAAAGGUCUGCUUCGUGAUGUCGAGGUGAAGGGAAUCCGAGGUGUCGUCGACCGCCGAUAUGUUCACUGGUCGGAUGAUGACUUAGACCCGAAGUCCUAUCGACAUGAACACAAUCCUGGUGAUUUUGAAAUAGACUCCUUCAAAAUGGAUGAUUUGCUGGUUACAAUCUAUCAGCCCGAUGAUUUUCGGCCAUUUUCCGUCAGCAUCUUCUCAUGCGACCUUCCUCAGUUGCGGAAGCAAUGGCUCUUUUAUGAUUUUCUUUCUGCCAACAUGAUGUCCGGGUCCUUUGACAACUCACUAUUCACCAUACAUCCUCGCCAAACCCACGGCUUUACUGGUGCUCAACUGGACGAUGGCACCGGAGAAGAUGGCAGGCCGAGCCCCUGGAAAAAACACAGCAGAAUCCGGGUGGAUGGGCUUAAUAUUGACCACCUCAACCGUGGUGUCCCGGGACCGUUUUCCUGGAUCCACGAGGGGACCGUCGACAUUGUUGCCGACAUCAUGUUCCCCACGGAGAACGACGAAAGCUUGGCCAAGGUCAUGACGGAUUUCUACGACCGACUGGAAGCCACUGUCACGUCCAACCAGUACUCGGAGUCUCUACCUCAGCGUUCUGACGAGGAAUCGGAAUCUGCAUCAAGUGCAAAUCGGCGAUUCCUUGCCAUGGACCUACGCCUUCAUCUCAACAACGUGCGAGCAGUCGUUCCCAUCUUUACCCGGGAUCUUUCUUACAUCAACAACGCACUCAUUCGCCCAAUUGUCGCCUACAUCAAUUCAAAACGCACUUUUAUUCCCAUCAACUGCCGCCUGGUCAAGCGCGUCGGAGACUUUGACGGCAGCUGGACCACCUUUGAUAGCGGCCUGAUGGAUGACCUGUCAGCUGCAACCUAUGAUGCCUUUGCUCGCGAUGUGGUAGAUGAUCAAGCCCGGAAGAGGCGGUUUAAAAAAGUCGGAUUUUGGUCCCUUCAGCUGGCCGCCCAGGCCAUCUUUAUGGGAAUGGCGGGUAACAUCGCCUGA